AUAGCCCUGAACCAACCAAUGCCUUGUAAGUGAGUUUGUUAGGUGGAAACUGCUGUUGGUUUGUUUAUGUCCCUUUAACUUAGCAGUUCAACAAAACAGAAACAAUAGUGCCAGACUUUCAACAAAACAAAAAAGUUGAUUUCUUUCACUAGAACCCCUUCAAAGUGUUGCUCCAGCAUUGCCUCAGUUCGAUGACUCCCACAACUUAAGCGAUAAGACACCCUAUACACAUAUAAGUGAUGGAAGAGAAACAGGCACAGACUCGACCCUUUGUCCAGUUCAACAACAGCAUCCGGCUUAUGGCUACAAAGUGCAAAAUCUGUUGCGAGCAUCUGUGGGUCAAGCCUGAUGUUUAACGAUUCCCUCUUUCCUCCCUACAAGUCUUGGAGACUCUGGGAACAGCCAGGGACACUUGUGGUUCUAGGCAGCAGGUCUAAAGACAAAAAUAGAAAUGGAAACAGAAUAGACAUACUGUCGGAAGAACUCUUAAAUGGAAGCUAGGAAAGAAGAAUAAAAGGAAGAAUCAAAGACAUGCAAAUGGCACCUGUGCCAGUGGCACGUUAAUGUACCCAUUACACUCUCGGAGUGGUUCACACACACACACACACACACACACAGACACACACACACACACAUUGUGUUAAUACUUUACCCUGUUUAUGCAGGACUUUUAAUGCUUGGUGAAAGUGAAUUAGGGCAAAAUAUAUUUACAGAAUUAUUCAGGAGUGUGUAAUUAUUCAAUUAAGACAACCAUUAGUUACACCAAGUGAUAGUAAUGGUGGUAGCUUUAAUUGGCAGUUGUUGGUAACUUACUGGAAUGGCAAAAUGGGGGAAAAGAGGGAGGGGGGCAGGCCUGGAACUGGUGUCUUUGAUCCUGAAUUGAUGAUGGUAGUUGUGUUCUUGGAAAGCACUUAUUUGUCUGAAAUGGAAUUGAGAUGUGCCAAAUCUGGGACAUGAUGUGGAAUGUACAACCCAAAUAACUGUUAGUAUUUGUGCAAGAAUUAACUUAAUCAGGCGAAUAAAUUACAAGACAGGAAGCAAUAAUGGUUUCACAGCAAAAUUUUCAGCUUGUUUGGAGGGGCAGGGGUAAAGACAUAAGAAAGGUACUUUUUAUUUCUUUUCUUUUUUGUUAUUUCUUUUUUUUUUUAAUUUUUAUAAAAUAUACAUUUCAGAGAAGGAAAGUGCAAUAUUAUUUAAGAAAUUAGUUCAAUAUAAUUUAAGAAACUGCCAAGGUUGACUUUGCCAUUCAUCCUUUUGGGACAAUAAAAUAAGUACCAGAUAAACUCUGCAGUUGAUAUAAUUUGUUUUCUCCUUCCCUCAAAACUGCUGGCCUUGUGUCAAAAUUAGAAAGUAUUAUUAUUAUUAUCAUUACUAUUUUACCCGGUGAGCUGGCAGAAUUGUCAGCAGACCUGGUAAAAUGCUUAGAGGCAUUUUGUCUGUCUAUGUUCUGAGUUCAAAUACCCCAAAGUUGGACUUUGCCUUUUGUCCUUUCAGGGCCAAUAAAAUAAGUACCAGUUGAGCAUUGGGGGUUAAUGUAGUCAAACGCCUUGAAGCUUGGUGACCUUGUGCCAAAAUUGGAAGUCAUUAUUAUUAGUAAUGAUAAUAAUAUCAAUAAUAAUAAUAAUAAUAAUAAUAAUAAUAAUAAGGGUGCAAAAGCUGGCAGAGUUUGAUGAGAACCUGAGAAAAAUUGCAUUGCAGUCUUUGUUUUGUCUCCUUUCACUGUUUGUGUGUAAUUGUUGCAGGAAGGGAAUGGGUCAUUAUUUCAUCACCCCGCAACAGAGGUGAACGACAGAGAUGACCUCAACAAAAUUGGAAUUCAAAACAUAAAGAGUCACAGAAAAUUUUGGGAAAGUCAUUGUUCAGAAGAAGUCAGAAAAGAAAAGAGAAGAGAAAUCUUGGAUGUGAAUACUUUCAGUUUUGCAACUGUGCUGAAGCCUUGCAUUAAAGACAAAUUGACCAAGAACUGAACUAUGGCUAUUGCUGUUGUGUUUCUCGUAACAUUUUUGGUGUCAUCUAUUCUCUAUAUCUUUUCUGUUGUGUGGAAAGAAUUUAAGACUUUGCGGGCCCGACAAAUAGCUGCUUCCAAGUUCCAUUGUUUGCCAAGACAUUGGUUGUGGGGCAAUCUGAAGCAAAUUAAAAGUCCCGUUGAUCUAAUCAACAUCCCAAUGAAGAUGGUGGCUGCCAAGCACCAUUCCUACAGCCUCUGGAUCACAUCGUUCUUUCCUGACAUCACCAUCGUCCACCCAGACGCUCUCAAACCAAUCAUUUGUUCAGCAGAACCAAAACCAAUGAAAAUAGUCGGCUACAACUUUGUCCUGCCAUGGUUGGGAGAUGGUUUGCUCCUUAGUAGCGGCAAGAAAUGGGAACGUAAUCGCAAACUGCUGACGCCUGCUUUUCAUUUUGAUAUUCUCAAGUCCAACAUUAGUGUCUUUAAUUUGGCUUCAGAUAAACUGAUUAAACAACUGGAGGUUCUGGCCGUAUCUGGUGAUGUUGUCAACCUUUUCAAAUAUAUGUCCAACACAGCCCUGGACAUCUUGUUACGUUCUGCCCUCUCCUAUUCAGAGGAAGAAGCGGGAUCAAAGGCACAUGCUUCCUACAUUGAUGCUGUGAAUGAACUUUGCUACCUCCUGGGCAAAAGAGCUUUUAACGUUCUCCAUUUUAUUACCUGGAUUUACAAAUGGUCAGCUGACGGCAAAAAAUUCUUUAAACUCUGCGACCAAGUUCAUAAAUUCUCAGAGAACAUCAUUAAAGCUCGCAGGAAAACAUUGGAGGAGAACCCUGACGCAAUCCGAAAUAAACGUAAAGUCGACUUCUUGGACAUCAUGCUUCUAGCAAGAGAUUCCAGUGGAGUUGGUUUAUCCGAUAUUGACAUCAGAAAUGAAGUUGAUACAUUCAUGUUUGCAGGCCACGACACCACAGCUUGCAGCCUCAGCUGGAUGGUAUACUCGUUAGGCUGUUAUCCAGAUCAUCAACAGAAGGUUUAUGAAGAAAUCUCACAGGUGAUGCAAGAUCGACAAGAUGUCACUUGGGACGACAUCCCCCAGUUCCGUUACCUCACGGCCUGUCUCAAAGAAUCCAUCCGUCUCUUCUCUACGGUACCCAUUAUAACUCGUGUACUUACAAAGCCAAUGGAGAUUGAUGGCCACAUGCUUCCAGUGGGAUCCUCGGUGACCGUAAACAUCUAUGCAAUCCAUCAUAAUCCUGAUGUUUGGAAGGAUCCCUAUGAGUUUUUACCUGAACGAUUCCUGGACAGUCCUUCACCCCAGACUUCGUUCAAUUACAUACCUUUCUCGGCUGGACCACGCAACUGUAUUGGACAGAAUUUUGCAAUGCUGGAAAUGAAAGUAAUUCUAGCCAAAAUCAUCAGAAAUUUUGAAAUCUCCCGUGUACCAAAUUUCAAAGCUGAGCCCUCUCCGGAAGUCGUGCUCAAGUCCAACACUGGCAUCAAAGUGAUUCUAAAACCAAGGGUGUAGAAGAAAUUCCAAGACAAUUUUUUGGAUUCUACUAAGUAUUUUUAUUUGCAUUGACUAAAGAGUAAUGACUGAAUGCAAAAGUCUGAUAACUCAUCAAACAUCUGAGAUGAUAAAACACAACAAUACUCUCUGGGUCAUUGCAGAAACCAAGAUAACUGCUUUGGUCUUUCAGGAAUCCUGGUUUCUCUGAACCGAAAUAUAUUUGGUUCCUUUGAACUUACAGAUAAUAUUAAUAAUAAUCAUUAUAAUAAUGUCUCCUUUAUACCACUGUGGUUGUCUGACACCUUCAGCAAAUGUCUUUUGCAAUGGCCCCCAAGCUGAUCAAAAUCUUUCGAGUGGAUUUGAUAAAUAGAAACUAAAAGAAGCUCGUCAUGUGUGUGUGUGUGUGUGUCUGUAUGUUCAUACAUCUUGUCUACAUAUCAUAUGAGUCAUAAACAACCAAGACUGUCGUACGAGUAAUGUUGUUUGUUUCCAGUCUUCCGUGGAAAGCAUCUCUGGCCAGGGGAAAUAUUUACCUUCUUUGAAGACAGUUAAAAAAGUUGGUGACACGAAGAAUAUCCAGCUAUAGAAAAUCUACUACAUCCAUCUGACCCAUGCAAGCAUGGAAAAGUGGACGUUAAAUGAUGACGAGGAGGAGGAGCAUUAUUUCUCUUCUUUUCUCUCUGACCACUGACCAUUGAAAUUCAAACUAAAUAUUGUAUCAACUGAGUUCAUUUAUAUCUUAUUGCAUCAUCCAAAUGUCUAAAAAGCUAUGGGCAUGCUUCAGCUGCUUUCUCGUAACCACCAACAACACUUCAAACCAUUUGCUGUUUGCUUAAUCUUUAAAAUGUUGGAUUGUUAUAACGUCCACUUUCGUAUACAAUUUACUUAUUAAAACCAGUAAAGACACGACUGCUCCUCACCCCCUACUACGUACUCCAGUACUUCACAUACUUCUCUUCACUUACAGUGACUAGGUUAUUCCAUUCGUCACGGGGGAGGGGUGUAUCAUUACAAUUCCCUACAACUUCUAAGAAAAACGAUUUUCUGAGGGAUCUCUUGAAGGUAUCGACAAAGCGUUCUGCCUGUCCAUUAGGUCUGGGGUUGGUAUGGCACCAUAGUUAUAUAUUCUAUCAUGAAUGUUUCACAAAAAUUUUAAAAAUUUGCUAGACACGAACUGCGUUACAUUGUCAGUCUUUAUCUUGUCUGGGAUGUCAAAUCUUGCAAACAUUUUGUGUAAACAAUUUAUCACAGUUGAGGAGGUUAGUUUUUUUACACUUGUGAAUUUCAGGCCAUUUCAAAAAACUUAUCAACUACCACUAAAUAGUAAGAAACCAUUUAAAGGACCAGCGAAAUUGAUGUUUAGUCUCGACCAUGGAACACAUCUACUUUUGAACAAUGUUUACUUUUUAUCGUGGGCAAUUAUUUCAUUAUGGCUUUCAGACAGGUCUUCCACUUUUGUUUUACUGCAAUUUUUUGUUUUGGUUCCUCAGCUGCCUUCGAACCUUCGACUCAAUCAACUAUAUUUCCACACAAAACACUUAUUCCAUACUUUGAAGAGUCCCAUCCAUUCUGUGUCAGAUUAAGUGAAUCCUUUUUAAUCUAUGUAUCUUUGCCUUUUUUUCAUUUGACCUCAAAAUGUUACAUAUGAAUUCACUGUAAAAAUGUUUUCUCCAUAACACCAUGUACUACUUUUUGGAAUUAUUUUCAGCUUACUGACAUA